UACUUAGUAACUAACAAGAUGCUGUCUAACUAACUUCAAACUGACUUCAACUUAACUUAACUGCUGCUUAACUGUGUAUGUGGAAUAAACCUUCAGAAAGACAGUCGAGUUGUGCCCGCCGUACUUGUUCUGGUUACCCUUUCCAGAAGGGAGCAUUGAGCUGGAAAGACCAGCCAGCAGAAAUCUGGACAAGUAUAGUCUCUGCUGGGCCCGUUUUGUGAUAUAAGAGGUGUUCUUAUUCCAGCUUAGGUCCUGCGAGAUCUGCACUCCUAGGAACUUGAUGUUCUCCACUCUCAUGAUUCUGGGUUUCAGGUGGAUCAUUAAAGAAUGCACGACACACCAGUCACUGUCGGUGAAAGUCUCUGGAUCUGAUUAACCAGGAGCCAGGCGGUGGAUUUACCUUUCCUCGCUUGAUACGGAAGUAUCCGCAUGGAUAAGGAUAUUCAUUAAGUACGACAGACUUUCAGAAAAGAAAAGACUGGGUCUGCUCAUUCAACUGCACUGAGCCACUUGCUUUUUCCCUCGCUCCUUCAAAGACGUCACACUUAUCGUGAUAAGUGAUUCUGAGCGGAGCAACAUGUCUCGAUUGAUCAGCCUGAGAGUAAAAAUCUAUGCUGUGCUGUUUUGUAUUACAUUUUCAAUGUUCCUGUUCACGUACUCGUACACUUACCGAGACCCGUUCAGUUACUUCACCAAGAACCGAUGCGCCUGUCUGACCUGCAUGGCGGAGCUGGAGGACGACCCGUGGUUUGCCGAGCGCUUCAAUCAGUCCAUCCACCCACUGAUGACAAGAGAAAGCAGCGUCCUCUCUGAGGAAACCUUUAAAUGGUGGCAGGGGUUGCAGCAUCCACAGCCCCUGGCCAGCUACACUAACCUGAUCGAGAGACUGUUCCAGCUCAUUCCGAACAAGGUCGUCUACAUGGACGCCGGCUCUGAUCGCUGCAGGACCUGCUCUGUGGUCGGGAACUCUGGGAACCUGAAUGGCUCCGGCUAUGGAGAACUGAUCGAUGCCGCUCAUUUCGUUAUACGAAUAAACCAGGGUCCCACCAAGGGCUUUGAGAAGGAUGUGGGCACCAGAACAACUCAUCGCGUCUUGUAUCCAGAGAGUGCUUUCAAUGUGGACAGUGACACCUGGCUGGUGCUGAUCCCUUUCAAGAACCAGGAUCUGCAGUGGAUCGUUCACAAAAUGUCUAAGAUGUCUGUGAAAAAGGCUGAACAAAAUAAGGUGUUGAUUUACAAUCCCACAUUUUUCAAAUACGUCUACUACUCUUGGCUCGAAGGUCACGGAGGAUAUCCUUCGACUGGAUUCCUCACCUUACUGAUGGCUAUCCACAUAUGUGACGAGGUCAAUCUGUUUGGUUUCGGGGCUAACCAGUACGGAAACUGGUACCACUACUGGGAUAAGAAGUACAUGGCUGGAACGGCCCGACACGCAAUGGUCCAUGAUCGAGAUACUGAAUAUAAUGUCACCUUGCUGCUGGCAGAGAAGCAAGCAAUCCAAAUGUUUAAAGGCAGAUAAUAGCGAGCCAGUAUGUGCAGUGGGACGAGCACCAAAGGAACCGCAGCAGCCUUUGAAUCAUUGGUUUCCCUUCACCUCACGGUGGGAGAAACAUUUCCCUGAUUUCCGCAGACAUUUAUAUGUCGAGUCUGUUCGUCUCUACAUUCUUCACUGACUUCACCGACUGGAAAAUCAAGAAUUUCCCAGACACAGGUCUUUGACAGACUGUCAAGACAAGACAAAAGCAACACUGCCACCUCUUAUUACAUUCAAUCACAUUUUUUGUACCACGCCUGAGUAUAAUUGCCUUCCCUUAUAGGGACAUUUGAGAAGAGACGGAUAAAUAAGUGUUACUAAUGUUAUGAAAAGAUGGAGGUAGAUUAUCUACAGUAGAAACCCCUUAAAGGGAGAAGCCGGAGACGGUACUGAAAUUCUCAAAAAAUGUAAAGUUAGCUCAUUAUGGAGAUGGGAAACCUUGCAACUUAAAUUCCAUGUUUCCACCAACGUUUGGCUGAGUUUCAUACAUCACAGAAGUAUUUGCUAAGUAUUAGCAUUGGCUUUUCCAUUGUCAAACUUUGAGAUCCAGACCUACAUUAUAUUUAUAUAAAGGGAGGAGCUCGCCACACUGGAGUGCUGGAUGUCCUCCAUUGUUGCCCUUUGUUUACUGUGUCUAUUCUUCUUCUACACUAUGCUGUAUGUUGUGCUAGAAUGGCGCACAUGCUAUUUACAAAGCCGAGGGAGCUGCACAGAUACACGCAAUUCAUGUAUCCGCCCACAAGCUGAACUUAACUUAUAUACUAUUUGGUGAAAUCAAGGGCUAAAGUACUGUAGAUGGCAACAUUUUAAGGGUGUGUUUUUGGUAAAGGGUUGUGGUGAAGUGAGGGGGCCUUGUCCGGGGAGUAAAGCCUAUGUUGACCAGAGAGGCACAGAGUCCCAUUCUGAACGCACAAACCACACUUUAGACCGUACAAGGUCAGGAGGUCACUACUGACACAGAAUGGAAUCUAUUCUCAGAUUAAAACCCAGGUCCGGCAAAAAGCUUUUUCUUUUCUUAUGUGGCGUCCGACGUGAAUUGUCGUAUGAAAUGUCCCGGCCAGGACGACUAACUUUGUUCUCGAGAAAAAGAACAAACACUUUCUGUUCUCGCUGAGUGUGUUCAGGCCUUGUGGCUGUCUUUCCAUCUCUGAAACUGUGCUCACAUUGAAUGGGGAUUUCUCGCGAUUAAUUUGGUGUAGUGGGGCUGGAGUGGCUGCAGGUCCAUUGUAAGGGGUCAGUUGUAGUCAAGUGUGUGGAUUUAAAGUGCACCAUGAACUCGCAAGAACUUCAAAUUGGCACCAGUGCCGUUCAUCUUUGGCAGGAGCUUUUAUGCUAAAACAUGGCGGUGUAAACAAACCCACUAGUUUUAGCAUAAAAGAGGCUUGACAGACCCAUGUCACUGAAUGUAGAGCUAUUUAACAUGUAUUUUAACAAUCUUAUUUCACUUCCUGCUGCUUUAAAUAUGAUUUUGUUAUUAUUAAUAAGUAGUAACACAGUUUUAGGGAACAGAUCAUUGGCCUGUAGACUGUGUCAGGGACUAUGUAAUGAAGUAGGGACGGAGAGCCGAGCUAUCGUGACUUAAUUGAUUGUAUUUUUUUACCGCAGUAAAUGUUUGUAAAGGUUUGAGGUGUCACACGGGCGCCAUGUUCUAGUACACAUGCGUUGGGUCGUGGACGUCUACUGUAACAUACUCAGCCUACAAAGGGGUGCCUUAUCAUUUUACCAAUGACAAACAUUUUUAAAUGUACACUGUGACAUGCAUUUUUGAUUAAAAGUGGGUGUGAAGAGCCUUUACCA